AUGUCUGAAGCAGAAGCAGCUAAUCAAUCUAACACGCAAUCACAGGAGCAACUACAAACCAAUCUAGAAAAUACAAAUUCACCCGUUGUAAACAGUACUUCCCUGAUGAAAUCUGAACGUUCAUAUCCUUUUGUCAUAUCAACUACAAACAACAACAACACAAACAAUCCAUCAGAGUUUAUCUGUAAAUGGCAAGACUGUGAUACAACCAUGUUUCCCAAUUUAACAGGUUUAGUAAAUCACUUAAACACCAAACACUUAACCCAACCAACCCAAGUCCCAACCACAAAUGUUCCAAUCAGAUAUACUUGUCAAUGGAAGGAUUGUCCCCGAUUUGGUAUCGACCAACCAUCUCGAUUUGCAUUAAUAUCCCAUUGUAGAACACAUACCGGAGAAAAGCCAUAUUUCUGUAUAAUUCCAGAAUGUGAAAAACAUUUCACUAGAUCAGAUGCAUUGACUAAACAUGUAAAAGGAGUACAUGAUUUACAUUCAAUCAAAGAUCAAUUGAAUGCAUUGAAGGAGAAGGUUAAAAACGGAUAUUUGAAUAUAGAUAUAGAUGUUGAGGAUAAGAAUGAAGAAGAUUAUUUAAAGAUUAUUGAACGGGAUUAUGAACAACGAAUUCCAUAUUGGUUUUCGAAUUCAUUUUUGGAGGUUUUGAAGAUGGAUGGGAUAGAUUCUGAACUGGUUACAUUGUCUUCGUUUGAGAGUUUACCUUUGGAUUUCAAACAAUAUAAAAUGGCUAACUCUAGAUAUAAGCAUUAUUUGAAUAUGCGAGAGAAUAAUGGGGGAUUGUUGUUGGCUGAUCAUGAUGAUAAUAAUAAUGUUGAUAAUGUCAUCAAGAGACAACAACAAUUUGAUCACCCUAAGCGAGAAACUCCAAUAAAUAGUAAUCCAAUCCAUGAAUAUUUAUCAGCCACUGCUAAUCAAGUAUCACAAUAUUAUAAACCUACUGAAAAUAGUGAUGAAAUUGAUCAAGUGCAAGAUUUGGAUACGUUGAAAGAUAUGCAUACGAAAUUAUUGAAUAAAUUAAACACGGCAACUAAAAUUAAUAAAGUAGUGUCUAAACAACUAUCCAAUGCUGUUCUGGAAAAGAGAAAGAUAUGGUUAUAUAAUCAAAUAUUACUUGAUGGAAAUAUUGAAGUGGGAUUACCUCCGGAAAAAACCAAUGUUCCUCAAAGAGUAGUCCGAGAUGAGAUUGAUGAAGAGUUGUUUUAUGGUCUAUAG